AUUUGCGGGGCCAGAACAGGAAACGUCAGAACGUCAGACGAAAAGCGUCCGUGAAUGAAAUAGUUCCUUCUAGUCAGACACGAGUAAAUUUUUUUAUAAGUGUGGGUGCCUUUGUCUUUUUAGAUCAUAAAAAUGACUUUACUGGAGCUGAUGAUGAGAAAGCAUUAAUCAGAGCAAGACAGACACGUGCGGGUGAAGCGGAGCAAAAGCUGGACUCUUUUUUUUUUAAAGAGAGAGAAAAGUACGAGAAAAAUCCGUAGAGACGGAGAAGGAGGGGAAUCCCCCGGAGAGGAAAUUCCCUCCUGGAUGGAAACACGCCGAUUGCGAAAUGACAUGGAGCGGACGGAAUGGAUACAGUCAGUCAGUCACUGGCCCAUGAGGAGGGGGGGGUGACAAGGGUUGAUCCUCUCCCAGUCUGCUCAACUGCCUCCUUCGGUUAGAAAAACAAAGCCUUCAGCAGCCUCACUGAGAGAUUUUAAGACACAGGGUCUUUUAAAGGCUGCGCGGAAGCAGUUUGUUAUUGCAAUUUUUAAAAAGAAAUAUAAAAGGAUUGAAACUUUUAUCUCGGCUGAAUCAAGAUUAUAAAACAUUGUAUCAAGAGGGGAGAUUAAUUCAUAAGUUCAAAGUCUGUGCUUUUUUAGGCAACAUUUUUAAAAAAUUCGACAUUUUACACAAUGUCCUGAUCAAGAUAAUUUUCUCCCACUUCUUGUUCAGCUUUUAGUAGACUUUUUUUUAAAAGGCCUGCUGAUUAUUUUAUAUUUUUCGAGGGGGAAAGCGGGGGUUUAAAGAUAACUUGACGCUCUGGUACGAUGUCUGUGGAUUGCGACGAGAAUGCGGAGAGGCUGGUGCUGAGUUUCACCCAGUUGCAGGACCUGGUGGGUCGGCUCCAGAAGGAGAACCGGCUCCUGAAGAGCCGGCUGAAAAGCUACCACACCAUCGGCACCUUCUACCACGAAGCCCAGCAGGAGGUGGGCAACCUGAGCCGGCAGCUGGCCCUGAAGGACGGCCUGGUCAAGGAGCUGCAGGCUCGUCUGGCCGCCCACGAGGGCGGCGCGGUCAGCUUGGGCCAAGAGCCCUCGGUCAGCUUCGGCCCCUCCGGCUCCCUGGUGGACUGUCUGCUCCAGGAGGUGGGCAAAGUGAAAAAGGAGCUGGCGGAUUCGGCGAAGAGCUGGCAACAGGAGAAUGACAAGUUGAAAGAGGAUCUACAGAUGAUUCAGCUGCGGCUGAGGGAGAAGGAACGAGAAGUGGAACAGAUAGUGGGCAGCCCGCAACACGAGAAGGACGGUGAGAUCGUCAGGCUGCGCCAAGCCCUUCAGGAUAAGGACAGGCUUAACGCCACCCAGGAGCUGUGGUGCCGCUCAUUGGCGGGUGAGACAGAACAGCUACAGCUGCGUCUAGCCAGCACUGCCGACAUGUGCCAGCAGCUGUCCCGACAGCUGGAGGAGCAGCGGGCAAACAAUGGGCAUGGGGUGGAGAAGCAACUGAGUGCCAUGAAGCAGAACAUUAAGCCGCAUCAGACAGAUUCACCAGAGACCAACACGUACAAACUGCAAGAGGAGAACCAAACUCUGAAACAGAAAGUCAUUUACGUGGAAGACCUUAAUGCUAAAUGGCAAAAAUAUGAUGUCAGCCGAGAGGAGUACGUUAAAAACCUUCACCAGCAGCUGAAGGAUCUGAAGUCCAGGGUUGACCGGCUGUCUAGACUCGGUCCCUCUCAGGCCAACGAGAACGUCCUGCGGCAGGAGAUCCUGCGGCUGAAUCGGUUGCUGGAGGAGAAGAUGAAGGACUGCAGCCGCCUGGCGAGUUACAGGGAUGGGUUGGGGAAAGAGAGGGCGAUGAUACAGCAGUACCGUGAUGAGCUCCAGGUCGCCCAGGCAGCUGCAGCAGCUGCCAGAGAGAGAGUGCAGAUGCUAGAGCAACAGGUUCUCGUCUACAAAGAUGAUUUCAAAUCAGAACGGGAGGACCGAGAGCGGGCUCAAAGCCGGAUUCAGGAGCUGGAGGAAGAUUUGGCUCGUCUGAGGCUGCAGUUGCCAAGGAAACAGGAACACCGGGACCCAGCUGCCCUUCACCAAGGCAGGGUGAGCCCCUACUACCUGGAGACUGACAUCCCUGCACCAUUGCUUGGUCACGGCACAGACCCACUGGUGGAGAUCUCCCGUCCGUUAUUGCCCAGUGGGAGCCCAGGAGUAGAGGCCAGGCAGCAAGGACUUCUGCAGUGUCCCAAAUGCAUGAGGCUCUUUAAUGAUGAGGUCAGCGACGAGUGCCUCAGACACAUCUCUGAGUGCUGCCAAUGAACCUGACUGAACUCUUGGAUUAAACCUACAAUCACCAGCAGCAAACUCUGUGUAGGACAUGGCUCCACCCACAAGACUUUCCAGUGUCCCAGAACAGGCAGCACACAUCUGGGAUGGAUUGAAGCUUUGUGGUGGGUAAAGAAAGGAGCAGGAACUAUAUUAAAACAAUUCUUGUUCUUGGGUGGAAAAGAGAAAUAUGUCUGGGUUGGCAUAUUAGUGCAGUGCUGAGGGAGUGCCGCACUGCCAGAGGUGCCACCUUUUAUGUGAGAUAUUAACCCGAGGCCUGAUCAGCCCUUUCAGGUGGACAUAAGAGAUCCUAAUGCCACUAUUUCAAAAAAGAGCAGGGGAGCUCUCCCUAGUGUCUUGGCCAAUAUUUAUCCCUCAUCCAACAUCACUAAAAGCAGAUUUUCUGGUCAUUAUCACAUUGAUGUUUGUGGGAGCUUUCUGGAUGCUAUGUUUCCUACAGUACAACAGUGACAGUGCUUCAAAUGUACCUCAUUGGCUGCAUCACACUUUGGGACAUUCUGAGGUUGUAAAAAGCACUAUAUAAAUGCAAGUUUUCUUGCAAGAUGUUAAGAAAGUAA